UUUGUCCUAUCUGAUCUCUCUUGACAAGAACCAAAACCCCAUGUCCAGAGUCUACUCAUCUCUAUCUCUUCUGUAAUUACUCAGACAAUCUAUUACAGUUCUUCACUCACUUUACAACCUUAAAACAACUUAUCUUAAUUCAUACACAUUCUCUUGCUUGAUUUGUACAAAUGGGAUCUGGUGCUGGAACCUUCCUCAAAGUUAUUUUCAAGAACUUUGAUGUUCUUGCUGGGCCUGUGGUCAGUCUUGCUUAUCCACUGUAUGCAUCGAUCAGGGCAAUUGAGACAAAGUCUACUGUCGACGACCAGCAAUGGCUUACCUAUUGGAUUUUAUAUUCCAUGAUUACUCUGUUUGAGCUUACCUUCGCCAAACUCAUUGAGUGGAUACCUAUUUGGUCUUAUGCUAAGUUGAUUGUGACAUGUUGGUUGGUCAUACCAUACUUCAGUGGUGCUGCAUAUGUGUAUGAGCAAUAUGUUAGGCCUUUCUAUCAGAACCGUCAGUCUGUUAAUAUCUGGUAUGUCCCGAGUAAGAAAGAUGUUUUCAGUAAGCCGGAUGAUAUUCUAACAGCCGCAGAGAAAUACAUAAAAGAAAAUGGACCAGAAGAUUUUAAGAAUAUCAUUCACCAGAGUGCUGGCGAUAGGGCAUCAAGUUCCUCGAGUAGCAAUUACAUCUUCACAGGCGAGGAUUACAGAUAUUGAGAUACUGAUUACCUGGCAGGAUGUUGCAUAAUGGAGGGGAACAUUUACUAUAAAAUGACAAUGUGACCACAACUUGACAACAUGUCAGUAGUGCUUACACUAUAAAAUGAUCACUGUUCUUGUAGUCUAGCCACCAACUUGGUCCUCUGAGGAUUUUUAGAUUGCUAAUUCUGUAACUCUUUUAUCUAUUAAAUACUCUAGUGGUUUUGUCAACUAAAUGUAUUGUAUAUACUGCGUUUUCCUGGUUGUUUUCCAAGACAUUGUCUACCAUUGUUGCAA